GUCCUGUUCGUCGUCACCCUCACGCAACAGUCCGCGCAACCUACGCCUCUUGUUUUUUUCUUCUGUUUCUUGUCCACCAACCUCCAUUCCCUCCCUCAACCUUACUUUACCCUUUCUUCCCUAUGUAAUGUCUAACAUUGACUCUUCUCCGUAGCUUGCCCAAUUCGGCACUUUUUGCUAUUCGCGCACCGGCUCCUUUUUCACCCAGCCAUGCUUUUCCGGUUUGCGCCGUUCCUCAUGCACUGGCUCGUCCGUCCAUGAUCCUCGACUCGAAAACUCGUCGCCUCCCGGGUUGAAUUCUCAACGCUGGGAACCCCCCUCUAUCCUUCUCCGAUGUUCUCCCCACGAGCGAUUUUCCGUUUCAUAUACGGUAGUUUCUACUUCGUCCUCUGCUUCCUCCUCACCAUCCUCCUUCUCGUCACCCCCGGCGACACCAUCUACCAGGCCUUCUCGAACAACCAGCCAUAUAACAUAUGGAUCAUUGCCGCUGCUCUGGUCCUGACCCUCCUCAUCGUCUCCUUCAUCUACGCGACGCGACUGUAUCUCAACAAGACGAUCCUCGCAUCCAUCCCGAAGCCAUGGGUCCCCAUCGAGAAGGGCGACGUGAACAAGAAGGUCUACGAGAUGAUCACGGCCGAUCUGAAGCGCAGCGCCGCCAUUGCUUACGACGCGCGACCACGGAUCGAGACGAAUUUGUCAGGCAGCGACAUGGAGGAAGUGCUGGUAGAGAAGCAGAACUCCGGAAGCAGCGCGGCUAGGAAGCGAUUCCAGCUCCCGACCUUGAAAAAGCCAGCAACAACAGAAAAGGAAACGGGCAUUGCGCUACCACCUCGACGACCUGUCUGGGGCGAAAUCGAACACUACGGGUGGUCAUCCCCAAACUCGAUCGACCUACCGGAUCUGCAGUAUAGCACCGUCCUCUCCGAACUACCGAACCUUAUCGAAGCGAAAGCUCUGACACUGGCGCCUCCCGACCCUUCCUCUCCUGCGCAACCACCGCUGCUCGAUGCCGAUGCUGUGGCUUUGCUGCAGCGGCCUCUACCCAUGAGUCUGCGCGACUACCUUAGCUACCUGGCUGAUCUGGGUGUCAUCUCGCUUAAUUCGACGACUGCGGAUUUCCUAUCCACGUACGAAUAUGCACGCUUCUCCACGCGGCUGAUAUCGAACGCUCAGUUCCGCGAGCUGAUGCAUCUGUUUGCUGCGAUACUACGCGGCAUGCGACCUUUCGAUCCCGCCGUUCUGGAAUCUUUGGACAGGCCCGGCGAGGAUUCUGACAGCGACAUCGACAACGAUGCACCAAUGGUUACCAACCCUACCACGCCACGCAGCUUGUCCCGGUCAGCAACGCAAAGCACGCAGGGCUCUUACAAUAGGAGAGAACCGACGGCGAAUGCGCGCAACUCCUCGGCCAAUACAUGGGCUCAGUAUCGCACGGCGCCCGCCACUCCGCUGGGCACAUUAGCCGGAGCAAUAUCUAGAUCCUCGAGCCUAAACAGCUUCGCCCAGACCCGACUGGCAUAUGGUCCCGGUCACUCUUCGUCAAACGCCAGUCUGAGAUCCGGGGUGUCGGGAAGUUCUACAUCUGGCUCCGUCAUACGCCUGGCAACGCGGACAGACUCGACAGACUUGCCUUACAUCCUCUCAUUGCGGGAAACCAGAACCCGGUGAGCUGAAAUGCGCCGACAACAACAAUAAAUACAUCACGACUGAAUGACUAUGGGCACUGCAUGAUAUCCACGGAGUUCUGGGGAGGCUUGAAAGGCCGGCUUCAAUUUGUACGGUAUUUUCUAACUGUUUAAUUGCAUACGCACACGUACAAAUAUUGCCAUCGGGAGGUUUUGUCUUCUUGUUUUUUUGAGAGGGUCCUACCGUCACGCUGUUUUGCACUUCCCGCUGCGCCAGAGACGUACCAAUAACUGCAGGGCUAUGCAACCGUGACAUCUGCACACCUUGAUUUGA